AGUCCGCGGCUCGAGGCAGCAGUUGUCUCGCUUUGAUUUUAUUUCCAUUUUGUUUUGCCUUCGUUUGUGCGGCCUCCCGGACUACUCUCCCUUGUGACUCCCAAAAAUGGGAUGCAAUCACGGCAAGUCACAGGCGACCACCGAAGUAGAGGUUAUCCCAGAUGGGCCAAAAGUGAAGAAAGGCUUCUGGACCAAGAAGAAAGCGGACGAACUUCAGGAAGCUGUUGAUGCUGUCUUCAACAGGGCUGGAGAGUCGCUGCUGGGCAUGACUUUCUCCUUCACGAUUGCCGAUCCCCGAAUCGGCGGCUGUCCGCUGAUCGGUUGCUCGUCCGGCUUCGGGACACUGUGUGGCUACACCAUGGAGGAAAUUGUCGGAAGGAACUGCCGGUUUUUGGUAGAUCCGGUGCCAAGAGAUCAGAUCGAUUGGAAGAUGCGAAGACACGCCAAGGACUUCUGCGAAGCAAUCAGGGUGGGGACCCAGUACAGGAUCCCUGACCAAGAACGAGAAGACUGGAUGCCCCGCGGGCGACCCGGAGACGAGCUCUUCUGUUUCCAGCGGAAUGCCCGCAAGGACGGCUCACUUUUCAACAACAUGUUCUACAUGAAGGCCAUUGAGCUGAGUGCAGAGCUUGGGGAGGAGAUUCCGUACAUUGUGGGCCUACAGACGGAGCUGCCUGCCGGCAAGGCGGAUCUGGCUCAGCUGGCCAAGAACACGAAGAUUCUGGACUACAACAUGAACCAGGUGAGAAGUACCCUGGCCCAGUUGUUCUUCGUGUCCUGUGCGAUGACACGCGACGAUGCCGGAGUUGAGCUAAACGAUGGCUACGACGACGGAUUCCUGACAUGAGCUGGUGUCCUCGAACAGAAGUGCUCGCUGAGGUGGCCGGAAGUGUCAGCCGUUAGCCAGCGUCUUUUCUGGCCCCUUGAGCGGCAUCAUUUUGGAUACUUCAUUCUAGUCUGCUACAUGGCAUUGGCAUGUUGACAGCUGGAUUUGUUCCAGCUGUGCCUACCAUUGUCAUUCAAGUUGAUGUGCAGAACCACAUUGACCAGCGCAAAGCGCAAUUUUCCGGGUGAGGAACAACACACGUUUGCAUUUCCGAAUUGGACUGGCUUUGGCUCAUAUAAACCGCAGUGGCUGUUGCA